UGGAUAGACACGUUUGUACAUGUGCUACAUCUCUGUGGAUUCAUGAGCCAUGUUUGCCAAGCUACUAGAUACAUGUUAAUGUAUGCAGAUGUGUGUUUUAGUGUUCACUGUGUCCCUAGAAUACGUCUGUAUACCCUGUUCUAAUACAUGUAUGCAUGUUUAUGUAUGAGCAUGUAUCAUGCCUUUGCACAUGUGUGCUUGACCACAUAUGUGCAUGAAUGCCAGGUUUCUGAGGGCCUACCUCAGCAGUCCAGCUCUUUGCAAAACCACCUUGCAAGAGAAUCAGCAAGAAACACCUUGGAUCGUUAGAGUUUGCCAAGAGUAUCCACUGACUAUAGGCAUGGGGCUUGAGGUAGUCAACUAUGCUUUCCUGUUUUCCAUUGAGAGGAGUGGUCUGAGAGCCUCUAAUACCCCACAGUUCUGCAUUCAGGCUUGGUAGGAGUCAUAGCCAAGGGCUCUGUGCAUGGAAUUGGGUCCCAGUUAAAGCACUUUCCUCUUUGUCCUGACCUCUGUCUGCAAAGCCCUGGCUCCACCCUGCCCUGUAUAGGGGUUUGGGCCUAAGCAGAAAUCCAUUCACCUCUAGGCCUUCUUUGCCACAGCCAUCUAGUUGGACUUGUGGGGCCGCAGUAGGUGUGGCAGCUGCCUAGGCUUAACAUUAUUUCUUUUGGUGGGGGAGGGGAAUGCUGGGGUAAAGACUGAGGAUGACUCUCUGGACAUUGAUCUUGGGGUUAUGGAAGCUGGCUUGGUGGGUUAGGGUGAGCUGUGAUGGAUGGAUUUGAAGAGAACCUUGUCUCUCUAAGGUGUUACUGAGGUUAUAACUUGAUCUUUCUGGCCAAGAACCUUUAGGUGGGGCAGGGUGGAGCUGUCUGAAGGAUGUGGAAGUGGGGUGGAGCCUAGACCCUAACCUGGAAAUGGUGGUAGUUUUGCUUUGGAACUCUUGGCCUAGAAUAAGGGCUUGUGACAGCCUUAGGAAUGUCUCAUAGUCCCUGAAGCUGUGGGUGGGGGUGCAGGGGAGCCCCGGAAGAGAAGCCAGCCCAGCCUUGGCUGCAAGCCCUUCCCUGGGUGGGGCUUCAAGCGCUGAGUCAUGGCUUUGGUGAGGGGGCUCCUCCCCAACCUCUAAGCUGCUGAGGAAGUCCCUGGCUGGCAAAAAAUAGGCUUAGGGCAGGGCAGGAGGGGAUGCUUCAGGUCCUUGGUUGAGGAAGGGAGUGCUGAGAGACUCCUAGGACAGAAUGCUGGCUCCCUUGAGCUUGUACUAAGUGCCCACUAUGUUCCCCUGUCUCUGAAUACAAAUGCCAGCUCCUGCUGCAGCCCCUCCCAGUUUCUGGCUCCAUGGCCAGCUGCAGCUCUCUGUGCAGCUGUCUGGGCUGUCAGGCCUGCUUGGGGAAGCCCUGAAUUGGUCUCUCCUAGGCAGAUAGUUACAUCUGUGUUCUGGAACUUCUGGCUGUCAUAGUGGCCAGAAUCCUGGAACAGAGCCUCCUGUGGUGGCCUGUGUUAGGCUUAGAUAAAGGGCAUUUUUUUCCCAAACUGGACAGGCUGUGCAGCAUCCUUCAAAGGGCAACUAUCGAUGAGGUAGAAACAGAUGUGGUUGAGAUCGAGGCUAAACUGGACAAGCUGGUCAAACUGUGCAGUGGUAUGAUCGAAGCUGGCAAAGCCUAUGUCACCACCAACAGGCUCUUUGUGAGUGGCGUCCGAGAUCUGUCUCAGCAGUGCCAGGGUGACACCAUCAUUUCGGAAUGUCUGCAGAGGUUUGGAGAUAGCCUACAGGAGAUGGUCAACUAUCACACGAUCCUGUUUGACCAGGCCCAGAGAUCAGUGCGGCAACAGCUCCACAACUUUGUCAAAGAGGAUGUGCGGAAGUUCAAAGAGACAAAGAAGCAGUUUGACAAAGUGCGAGAGGACAUGGAGUUGUCCUUGGUGAGGAAUGCCCAAGCCCCAAGGCACCGGCCCCAUGAAGUAGAGGAGGCCACAAGCGCCCUCACUCUCACCCGGAAGUGCUUUCGCCACUUGGCAUUGGACUAUGUACUCCAGAUCAAUGUCCUCCAGGCCAAGAAGAAGUUUGAGAUCUUAGAUUCUAUGCUGUCCUUCAUGCAUGCCCAGUACAGCUUCUUCCAGCAGGGAUAUAGCCUUCUACAUCAGCUGGACCCCUACAUGAAGAAGCUGGCAGCUGAGUUGGACCAGCUUGUGAUUGACUCUGCUGUGGAAAAGCGAGAGAUGGAGCGCAAGCAUGCUGCCAUACAGCAACGGACGCUCCUGCAGGACUUUUCCUAUGAUGAACCAAAAGUGGAAUUUGAUGUGGAUGCACCAAGUGGUGUGGUAAUGGAGGGCUAUCUCUUUAAGAGAGCCAGCAAUGCCUUCAAGACAUGGAAUCGACGGUGGUUCUCCAUUCAAAACAGCCAGCUGGUCUACCAGAAGAAACUCAAGGAUGCACUGACUGUGGUGGUAGAUGACCUACGCCUAUGCUCUGUGAAGCCAUGUGAGGACAUUGAACGGAGGUUCUGCUUUGAAGUCGUGUCACCUACCAAGAGCUGUAUGCUGCAGGCUGACUCCGAGAAGCUGCGACAGGCUUGGGUUCAAGCUGUGCAGGCUAGCAUCGCCUCUGCCUACCGGGAAAGUCCAGAUAGCUGCUACAGUGAGAGGCUGGACCGUACAGCAUCACCAUCAACAAGUAGCAUUGAUUCCACCACGGAUUCUCGGGAGCGUGGAGUCAAGGGCGAGAGCGUGCUGCAGCGUGUGCAGAGUGUGGCUGGCAACAGCCAGUGUGGCGACUGUGGCCAGCCAGAUCCCCGCUGGGCCAGCAUCAACUUGGGUGUGCUGCUCUGUAUUGAGUGCUCAGGCAUCCACAGGAGCUUGGGUGUCCACUGCUCUAAGGUACGAUCCCUGACACUGGAUUCCUGGGAGCCAGAGCUGCUAAAGCUGAUGUGUGAGCUUGGAAAUAGCACCAUGAACCAGAUCUAUGAGGCCCAGUGUGAGGGCCCAGGCAUUAGAAAACCCACAGCCAGUAGUUCCAGGCAGGACAAAGAGGCAUGGAUCAAGGACAAAUACGUUGAAAAGAAGUUUCUAAGGAAGUUGACUUCUGCACCAGCCCGGGAACCCCCAAGACGCUGGAGGGCACAGAAGUGCCAGCGCCCUCACAGCUCCCCCCACGCCCCUACUACCCGCCGCAAGGUCCGGCUUGAGCCCGUCCUGCCCUCCGUCGCUGCUUUGUCCUCAGCUGGUACUAUGGAGCGCAAGUUCCGCCGAGACUCCCUCUUCUGCCCUGAUGAGCUGGACUCCCUCUUCUCCUAUUUUGAUGCAGGGGCUGCUGGGGCUGGUCCACGCAGUCUAAGCAGUGACAGUGGUCUAGGAGGUAGCUCUGAUGGCAGUUCGGAUGUUCUUGCCUUUGGCACAGGCUCUGUGGUGGACAGUGUCACCGAGGAAGAGGGUGCCGAGUCUGAGGAGUCCAGCAGUGAGGUAGAUGGAGAAGCUGAGGCCUGGAGCUUGGCAGAUGUACGUGAGCUGCAUCCUGGGCUACUGGCACAUCAAGCAGCACGUACUCGUGAUCUCCCGGCACUGGCUGCAGCACUGGCCCAUGGAGCUGAAGUCAACUGGGCUGAUGCAGCAGAUGAGGGCAAGACCCCACUGGUGCAGGCUGUGCUAGGGGGUUCCUUGAUUGUCUGCGAGUUCCUUCUGCAAAAUGGAGCUGAUGUGAACCAAAGAGACAGCCUUGGCCGGGCCCCCUUGCACCAUGCUACACUCUUGGGCCGUACUGGCCAGGUCUGUCUGUUCCUGAAGCGGGGGGCUGACCAACAUGCCCUAGACCAGGAGCAGCAGGACCCAUUGACCAUUGCAGUUCAAGCAGCGAAUGCUGACAUUGUCACACUGCUCCGCCUGGCCCGCAUGGCUGAGGAGAUGAGAGAAGCUGAGGCACCCCCUGGUCAGCCAGGCCCCCUGCCAGGCAGCAGUCCUACAGAGCUGCAGUACCGCAGGUGCAUCCAGGAGUUCAUUGGCCUCCACCUGGAGGAAAGCUAGGACCUGGAAGGCCGGGCAGCUGAGGGAUCCCUACCCUGACCUCAGCCUACCCGGCCCAGAAAUCUUGCAUGUCCCUGAAGACCCUAGCCCCUCAUCUAGCCACAGCCCUGCCUGUGACAACUGUGGGCCCAUCCCAACAGCCCAGUACCCUGGCGUUCUUAGAGUCCUCACUCUCUUGCUUUUCCCUCCUUCUGGCUGCUCUGAUGCUCAGCCAGAGGACAGGAACCCAAGCACUACAUCUUUUGAAGCCCCACAUUUAUGGGUGCUGUAUCGUCUGGUGCCCCUCAUUUUACCUGGGGCAACCUGUCUUCAGGUGGUCCUUCCUUCAGGGGCCUGGGCUGUUCAUGGCACAAACCACUAUUGAGGUCCAUGUCACCCUGUGCCCUGCUGCCCUCAGGGCCUACUUCAACUUGUGCCCCUAUGUUUACCACCCCCAAACCCUGGCCUGCUAGCUAGGUCCUUCCUACAUACUCCCAGAGCCCUUCCUCCAGCCUAGGGCUGGUGGCUGGCCACCAGCACCUUCCCUGGCAGGAGUCGCAGCCCACCCAGGGAAUCACCCUGAGUACCUUGCUCAGUGACCCCAGCAUCUGGGCUGGGCUUUGAUGGUGCUGGGAGGUGGAGCUUUGGCCCAGGUCUUCCACCCAGCCUGGACGCAGGCGUCCCAAAGCCACAUGGGUCCUUGUGCCUGAGGGCUCAAGUCCAUCCCUGCCUCCUCCAGAGGCACUGUCUGGUUUACCUGGGCCAGAGCCCAUGCCUAAAGCAACUGGUACUUUCCACCCUGUGCCCAAUGUUCUUUGUUACUGUCUGAGAGGAUUUUCUACAACAACCUCAUUCUUACUUUGUCUGCGUCUUUUUUCUGUGGACGCUCAAGGACCAUCCUGACCCCAGCUCUGCCUGCUGCUGGGGAGGCCCACAUACAUUUCCCCCCUGCCGUGCCCCCAUGCUUCACUCCUUGGGUUGGACCUCUGAUAGGUCCAGUGGUCCCCUAUGUUGGGGCCCACCAAUGCCUUCAAUUUCUCUUUUUCUGGAGGAGUCCCAGGAUAGAGGCUGGGCCCCUCUGCAUAGUAUGGGGUCCUUGGUUAGGUCAAGAGCACUCAGCUGGUCACUAUGCAAACACUGCCCUGGGAGCAUCCAUGGACAGUAAUGUAGGCACUGGAUCAGGGCCUCUGACUCCCUUGCUUGAUGACUGUGGCCCUAAAGAGCAGAAUCAGCUUCUUCCUCCUGCUUGAGCUCUGCCCAUCACCUACCCUGCCACCUUUGGGCUGGCAGGACCCCACUCCUUCCUGCUCUGAUCACACUCACUUAAUAAAUCUCUGCCGCUUGCA